AUGUCUGAAGCAUCCAGCUCGUUCGCCUGGGCGACGUUGGACGCCGCGCUCACGCGCGGCGAUGCAAGUGGCGCUGCUGCGACGGCACUAGAUGGCUUGCGUGCGACUACUUUCAACGGACGCGAGCAGUUCUUCUCUCAAUUGUACUCGGCGCUGCUAACCCGCGCGCGUGCGCCGGAGACCGCUAGCUGUGUUGCAGCGGCAUGCGAAGCACUCUGGGGGAUGCCGGAGUUCCGCUCAAGUUUGUCAUCCGGCUCCAGCUUGACAGGCGAAGCGCUGCUGCUUGCGGUUGCUUUGGCAACGGCAUACACCACUGUCGACAAGCUGGAAAGGGCUAUCACAUUCGAUGCGGAGGUGCUGCACUCCUCCGUGUUUUUCACGUACGAUGGGCUUACCCCGUGGGACCGCCUGUCCUGCGUGGCCCGCGUCUUGAGGGCAUCGCGAGUCACUGCGAACCCGCGCCACGCGGACUCGGCAGUGCAGAAAGGAAUGUCUCUCUACCACAGCGUCGCCGGCCGAGCACGUCGCGAAAGCGGAGACGGGGAGACGCAACGGCAUCACCACGUCGUCGUGUGCGCCUACCUGCUAGAGCUCGGUUUGUACCGUCAAGAGCGUCGCGAUUACCUGCGUGCCUUGCAGUCCUUUCUUGCCCUGUACGAAAACAGCGGCGAUGCGGCGGCGAUCCAGCGCGCUGCACUGUGCGCCUUGUGUGUUCGCGCGGGGGAGGCAGAUCGGCAGGCAGCGCUGUGCAGUGUCACGCAGCGCGGGGGCGCCGCCCUUCUCGCACUGCCACUGUACAAUUACCUGCAGAUCGCGUACAAUGGUCAGCUUUUCCGCGCUGCUGACGUGGAGGGCGUGCUGGCAGCGGCUGGGUCAUACGUGCCACACUCGAUUCUUCGCGAUGCCCUGCGUGAGCACAACAUCACCAUUCUCGCCAAGACGUUCGAGUGUGUGCACUGGCGCUCCCUCUGCUUGCACAUGGAUGACAAACACAUCACCGAGAGUGAGCUGCACGACCUUCUCGUGUCUAUGGUGCGGUCACAACGGGUCUGCGCCGCGAUUCACCAGGACACCGGCUUCAUCGAGUUUACCAGCGCUGCUGAUGCGCACACGCAAAUCACCGACACCGACGCAUUCAAACGCAUUGCAACGGCAGCGGCGGCGAUCGGCAAAGCGCGUCCUGAGCUGCUGCUAUAG